AUGCUAUUUAAUGUAAUAGAAAGUAAAAAUUAUGUUAAAAUAAAUCAAAAAACAUAGCAAUUAAAUUAUAAUUAUUAAGUAAAUAAAUCAAUAAAAAACACUAAAAUAUAUUUAAAAAUGAACAAAAUAAUCCUCUGCUUUGCUUUAAUUAGCUUUUGUACUGCCGCUAACUUCAUUUGUACUCCUGAAAUGAAGCAAAAUAAAAACUGUACUAGAGAGUAUAAUCCUGUUUGUGGAGUUAAAAUGGAUCCUAACAAAAGUAACAAGUAUAGUUCAAUUAAAGCUACUUAUUCAAAUAAGUGUACUGCUUGUUCUGAAGAAGAUGUAGAAUUCUAUGCUGAAGGAAGCUGUGAAUAAUAUCCUAAAAUUGCUGCUUUUUGCCAUCCAGAUGCACAUUUGAACAAAAGUUGCACUAGAGAAUUAUUCCCAACAUGUGGAUUAUUCGAUGACAGCGUUGUUUGUCAACAAGGUCCUUGUGGAUCAAAUUAUUCAAAUAAAUGUGUAGCUUGUAUCAAUUAAGAGGUUUCAUACAUCUUACCUGGCUAUUGUCAUUUGCAUGAGUAGUAUUAACCUUGA